AUGGCCGCAGCCACAUCGCGACCGGCAUUGCUUCCCUCCGCCGCACUGCUUGUAUACCCAGCGACAUUAUUACUUGGGUCCCUAUUUUCCAUAAUAUCACCGACAGCAAGACCUUCACGAGAUUCUUCCCUACACCCCACAAGCCCCUUGGCCCCAUCUCUCGCCUCAGACCUGCACAUGUCCGAGGACCCUGUCAAUUAUUUCGCUCGCAAAAAUAAUGUCUUCAACGUCUACUUUGUGAAAAUCGGGUGGCUUUGGACAACAGCCGCCUUCGUCUCGAUUCUCCUCUCUUCGCCUAUCUACUCUUCAUCUCGUCCAUCAUCCUCGUCGCAGCAAGAGACCCGGUUCCGACGUACCCUCCAAGCCGUUCUACGCUACGCACUCAUCACGACAAUAUGGUACCUCUUCACGCAGUGGUUCUUUGGACCAGCGAUUAUUGAUCGUGGAUUCGUAGCCACAGGCGGAAAGUGCGAGCGCGUUCUCGAGGAAGCUAGGGAAAUGGGAGUUAAGGGUGGCAACCCCGCCGACCUGGAAACAUUGUUCGCGGCCGCGACAUGCAAAGCUGCCGGCGGGGCUUGGAGGGGUGGACAUGAUAUCAGUGGCCAUGUCUUGAUGUUGGUUCUGGCUACGGGGCUUCUAGCAUUCGAGGCUGUCGGAGCUAGCGCGCCUGCAUAUCUGUCUCGCUUUAGCACAACUGUGGAUGUGGGGCGCGAGCGCAAGGCUAGUGAUGCGGAUAGCAGCUCGUUAGCCGAAUCAUUUGAAACGGGCGGAUUUGCAAAGACUUGGACUUUGCGACUCGUUUGGGGUGUUGUCGGCUUGGGCUGGUGGAUGCUCUUCAUGACCGCAAUUUGGUUCCACACUUGGUUGGAGAAGUGGUCUGGACUACUCAUAGCUCUGAGUGCCGUGUGCACCGUUUACAUCCUCCCAAGACGCAUGGAUGCCUUGAGGGAUGUUGUCGGACUUCCCGGGGUAUAG